CCAAAAGUGACAAAAAAAUGGGAAGGUUGUAUAAAUAUCUUAUGAUAUGAAGUUGUCUACAUUUCUUUAUUGACAUGGUUUGUUUAUUUAUAUUCAAAUUAAUCUUUUAAAUGUGGAUGUAAUUAAGUUAACAUCAAAAUGAAUUUUAAUCCAGUGAUUAGUACUUUUUUUAUACAAAUAAUUCUUGCCGCGGCAGAGUUAAGUUCAGAUAGACCCAAAUGUGAAGAGAUCACUGUACCAAUGUGUAGAGGCAUUGGUUAUAACAUGACCUCUAUGCCAAACCAAUUUCAUCAUGAAAAACAAGAUGAAGCUGGAAUGGAAGCUCAUCAAUUCUGGCCGCUUGUUGAAAUUUCAUGUUCGGAUGAUCUGAAACUUUUCCUUUGCUCCAUGUAUACUCCAAUUUGUAUGGAAGAUUAUCCGGGUAGACUACCUGCUUGCCGUUCAGUCUGUGAAAGAGCACAUGCAGGUUGUGCCGCAAUUAUGUUAACAUAUGGCUUUCCAUGGCCUGAAUCGAUGGAUUGUAAUAAUUUUCCAGUUUAUCCAGGAACUCCUGAACAACUUUGUAUGGAUCAGAAGAAUGGUGAAUCACCUGGACCUGUAAAGCCACUUAAACCGUCAAAUCUAUCACCAUUCCAGCCGUCAACAACAGCAUCUUAUCCAUUGUCAACUUUAGCAACUUCAACAUUUAACUCUAUUUCCAAUAAUUCAGUCAAAAAUUCUGCUUCAGGUCUGAGAGAAUGCCCUUGUAACUGUAGACCGCCAAUGAUUCCGAUAAAUAUCCAAAGCGAUUAUUACAAACACAUCAACAGUGGAGGAAUUAUUGACUGUGCUCAACCCUGUCAGACGAACUUAUUUUUCUCCAAACAAGAACAAUCAAAAUCAUCUAUGGUUAUCACCAUAAUAGCACUUUGCAGUUUGUUUGGCUCUCUCAUGGUUAUCUUCACCUAUCUCACUGAUUGUGAACGCUUUUGUUAUCCUGAGCGAUCGAUAAUCUUUCUUUCAACCAGUUAUCUUAUGGUGUCAGUUGGCUUUCUCGCUCCCAAAUUUUUCGAUUCAACAGCAAUUACGUGUGAUACAAAUAAACUACUGUAUGCAGGUUUCGGGACGCCUACAUGGGAAUGUACCGUUGUCUUUGCCCUGAUCUUCUUUUUCAGUAUGGCCGCCUCUUUUUGGUGGAUCAUUUUAACUUUUUCCUGGUUUCUUUCUGCCAGUCUUAAGUGGACUGCCGAGGCUAUUAAUGAUUAUUCACCAUAUUUCCAUAUGAUUGCGUGGGGCAUUCCUUUCAUGAAAACAUGUCUGGUCAUUUUUAUGCAAGCUAUCGAUGGUGAACCAUUGGCCGGCAUCUGUUUUGUUGGUAAUCUAAAUUCUCAUCUUCUUAUGCGCUUCAUCAUAGUCCCUCUUUGUACCUAUCUUAUUGUCGGAAUUAUUUUCCUUUUUGCUGGUCUCAUCUCUAUUGUGCGAAUUCGUAGAGCAAUACGUGAACAAAUUCGUCAUUUUACUGAUAAAUUUGGACUGGAUAAAUUAAUGGUUCGAAUAAUUAUCUUCUCCAUUUUACAUAUUGUACCAAUGGUCUUAGUAAUCAUUUGUAAUUAUUAUCAAUACUCAUAUGGCUCUGUCUGGGAAACUCAUUAUACUUGUGCAUGUAAUCCAUCUCGUAUUGAAACACCUUAUGUCACCAUUUAUCUGUUCAAAUAUAUAAUGCUUCUGGUUCCAGGAAUAACGAAUUUCUUCUGGAUAUUAUCAGCUAAAACUAUCAAAUCCUGGUGGCAUUGUAUAUCUCGUACACUUUGCUGCUGUUGUCGUAAUAAUGAAAGUUGCAUCAUUUCUUACUUUUGUAAAAAGAGACUUCACAUCAUUCUGGAACUGACUCCAAAAAAUUCAAUGGAUUUGGAACCAUCUCACCGAUAAAUUGUAUAAAAAAGUAUCAUCACUGCCAUUAUAAAAUCAACCAUUCCAUAUGCUAAACAAAUCGCAUUUAAUACACUGAAAUGUUGGUCAAAUUGGACUUAGUGAACAAAAACAGCAAAUCGUGAUUUUACCUGAAACCUUCUCAAUCUCAUAAAAAAUUAGAUUUCCACAAAUCUAAAUAAAUAUAAACGUGCCAUCGCCCUCAUCAUUCCAAAACACAAAUUGCAAAUUCUUAUCUUCUUACAAAAUAAAUACAAAGAUCUCAUGCUAACUCGUUUAGAAUGAAAUUAAUGAGCGUUUGAAGCGAUCUCCAAAUGGAAGUAAUCACUAAAUAAAAGACAAAUCAUGUGAAUUUCAAAAGGCCGAA